UCCAUUCACAAUAAUAAAUCAAAAAAUAAAAGACUCAAACAUUUCAAUGAAAAGGAAACUCACGAAGAAAAAAUAAAUUCAAGCGAAGACGAAACAAGAAUGAAUCUUACAACCCACAAAGGGAGGACAGGAGAAGACCCAUUCUGGGGUACAUCCAACCCUAACUCAAAAAACCAAUUAUCCAACAUUUCCAAAAACUCUAACAAUCAAUUAAUAUCCAAGAUCUAUCAAGAUAAUCAAGAAAAUCAAACAGAUACAAACAAAAAUUCUGAAGAUACUAACAUAGAUAAUACAAUAUCAUCAGAAAUUACUGAUGAUUUAAUGUCAGAUAAUGAAACAAUUGAAGACAAUACCUCUAGCAUGGACACAAAUCAAGAAGAAACAGAUCAAAAUUUAGUAAUAAUUCAACUGGAUCUUUUCAACAAAUUAAUUGGAAAUGGAGAAGGUUUUAUUGAACUAAUAAGAAUAG